UCAUCGACAAUCGCAGCCCGAAACCAGAUCACCCUUCAUCACUUUGCCGAUUCUCAACGAUCGAGUCGUGAAGGCCUUCCUAUACGCACAAUGUCUUACCAAAAGCCCGAGAAGGAGUUCGGCGAGGGCCCAAAAACCCACAAGAUCCGCAUCACAUUGACCAGCCGAAAGGUCCAAUCUCUCGAGAAGGUCUGCCAGGAGCUCAUUGAGCGUGCCAAGGGAAAGGAUCUCCGCGUCAAGGGCCCUGUCCGUCUGCCAACCAAGACUCUCAAGGUCACCACUAGAAAGACUCCCUGUGGUGAAGGUUCCAAGACCUGGGAUACCUUCGAGAUGAGAAUCCACAAGCGUCUCAUUGACCUUAACGCCCCCACUGAGGUUGUCAAGCAAAUCAUCAUCAACAUCGAGGCCGGUGUCGAGGUCGAGGUCACAAUUGCUGCCUAAGUGUAGCUCCCGGAUAGAUAUUCGCUGGUGAAUACCGCAUAGGUAGCAUACAACUUCCACGCUGUAAAGGAGGUUCUUCAAUACAACCCUUGUUCUCGAAAGACAAAAGACUGUGUGCCUGAAGUAGACCAUAUUAUGCCAUCCGAAUAUAUGCCAAUGACUCGCAGAAACAUAUACCAGUAGGAGCAGCAUCGGUAACAGCUGAAGCAUUGAUUAAAACCUGGAAGCCCCUUGGACUGUGCCAUACCAGCCUAGCUCCCCCUGGUCAAUAGUUGAUCAGGACCCAUUUCUACAGCCCUUGCCACGCCAGAUAAUGAGCUAGUAUACUAAGCAUACCUGAUUACAUUUUAACUCGCGCGAGCCAGGCUUCAAUUGGGCAUCUCCUUUGGGAUGUGUUUAGAAGACUGCUGGAGCUUAAGGUUGGCCCCAGGUGCACUCCCGUGAUGAUCCAUGUCCUGGUCUUGUACUUCCAAAGACUGGUAUGGCAUCAGGCAAUAAAUCCACAUGCUUUUGGAUGGUGUGAAGUUGUAUUACGCUGUCUGGUCUAUCUGUACACCCCAGGGUUUAUUUAAACAGCUUUGGGCAGUUUACCGCAGACCUCAAUUAUACUCGUGCAUGACUUGAUAAAUCUAAGACUAAUUUUUCAAUAUAAGAAAACCUUUGAGCUGUCCCCAGCUUUGCAUAUAAGAUGAUGGACGGACAGAUGCGACUGCCGUUUUGUAAUGGGAAAAUGUAUAAUUCUCAAUGUGUGAUUUGCUGAAAUAAGAAAUUUUUCUGUCAAACGUAGCAAACAUUUGCGAUGUCGCGAUGCCAGAGUGGUUAAUGGGUAAGACUUGAAUUCAUCGUUCAGUCAUCUUAUGGUUUCGGCCUCGUAGGUUCAAAUCCUGCUCGCGACGGCGAAUUAUCUUUUGGCUUCUGAAUAUGCCCUUUUUUCUUCCACCUUUCUCCGUGCCUAUCCUUUUUGAACAGGAUCCUAAAAUAUUCGCGUGCGUCAAAUUGAACCGAAUAACUCAGUUUGAAUGCCAACUAGAGUUUCCCCGGUGCGUAAAGCUCUCUGCUCUGCCGCGAAACGAGGGACCCUUUGGACCUUACGAGAAUUUGCGGGUUCGGUAAGAUGGUGUCUGACCCGGUCUCCGGUGUCGACUCGUCGACACGGUAGAGUUCGCUACGUAGCCGAAUGCCGAAUGUACGAAAGGGGGUUGACAGUGGGUCUCGCCACCCCUUGUAAGGCGGUGAGUAUCAUCGAAGCUCGUAGAACCUAUGCCUCUAAUACUAUAUGAAUGACACUCUCACUCUGUUU